AUGAUACUUACACUACAAAGAAACCACUGCACGGCAAAAGUUGUCGUUGUUCUCUUAUUUGAAGGUCAGAGAUUAGGCGAUGCUAAUGUUAUCAGCUUUUUCCUUCCAAUUUUGCGAAGAAGAAAAAAGUUUGUAAGGGGGUUAGAUGAGUGA